UGUUUGGCUGGUCAAGCAGGAAGCUGUGAGUGUGGUUAGCCGAGCGGAAGAGCAGAGGGGAAGCUGUUCUGGACGGCAUUCGCUCUGCGCAGCGCCUCAGACGAGUCUGGAUCUGACCACUGAAGAGUGAAACCGAGACUUAAGGAAAUUGCUAGAAGAAAGGAGCCGAGCUGCUGGAGCUCAGGAAGAAGGAAGGCGGGCUCAUGCGUCUGAUGUGAUCUCUGGAGGUUUCAUGCUCUCCGGGAAUGGCAGUCUCGGCAGGUGUGGAGUCAGGAAGUGGUUCAGGUAGGCCGUCCUGGCCCGUGUGUCUGCUGACGGUGGCGGCGGUCACCUUAUCCUCCGUUUCACUUUUGGCUUUGUACCAAAUCGUGGCUCUCAGAGCUGAAGUUAAAGAACUGAAAUCGGACAUCAGUCGCAGGAGAGGGGAGGGGCAAGAGGUCAGAGGUCAUACUGAGCACAUCAGCAGCAGGAGAAGUAACCCGGAUCCUCAGCAACAAUCUGGGUUUCAAAAAGCUUUUGGUCGGAUGAGGAUCAGGAGGACGGUCUCCGACACAACAGUUUCUCAGUCUUUCCUGCAGCUUUUGGCAGACGGCAGCAGAAAAACCUUCAGGAAAGCACUUUCCUCAGGCUCCUACACGGGAAUCCCUUGGCAGGCCGGGCUGAAAAGAGGAGAGGCUCUGGAUGUGGAGGGUGACCGGAUCGUCGUCAGAGAAGAAGGCCUCUACUUCGUGUACAGUCAGGUCUAUUACAUGGACAGCACCUUCACCAUGGGCCACGUGGUGAUCCGCUGGAAAAUGAACGUUGUUGGAAACGAGGAUCCAGAUGUGCAUUUGUUUCGCUGCAUCCAGACCAUGGACUCCGUCUACCCCUUCAACACCUGCUACACAGGAGGUAUCGUAAAGCUGGAAGCUGGAGACUACUUGGAGCUCCUGAUUCCUCGGCCCACGGCGAGCGUGUCUUUGGAAGGAGACUCCACUUUUCUAGGAGCGCUGAAGCUGGCCUAAAGCUCAACAUGACUUUAAAAAACAAAUAUUCUAUCACUAAUAAAGCAAUGCAACAGUUGGAAGAAACAACGCACAAAUUCUACUGAUCUUUCAGAUGGAGAUGAGAAUGUUUUCUAUGACAGAAACAACUAAUUGUGUAUUUUUUCCCAUUAAAUAUUUUCUCUGUAAAUAAACACAAUUGCAAAACUGAACAUAAGUUACUCUUUUGCUUCUCCAUCCUAAAUCGGAAAAAAAAAAAUCACGAAGCUUUCACAAUGUAACAGGUUGGUUUUUUUUCUUAUAUUUUCCUGUUCUGUUAUUGAGAUUUUCUGUCUUCACAUGUGGAUAAUAUAUCAUCUUAUGCAAUAAAGUGACAAAUCCUGCAAUUGAAAUUCUGAUUAAAGACUGAUGGUUUUCAUGAAAAAAAAACAUUGCAGAUGAAGAAAUGAGAAUGCAGAGAAACACAAAUGAACAUAACUAAAAUAAAAAC